CUAUUGUGUGCGGCUGAGGGGAGAAGAAAAAAAAGAGGAGGGAGGAGGGGAGGGAAAGAAAACCUGUCUCUUUGUGUGGGAGGACUCAGCAGGAAAGUGAUUUUGUGAUUAUUUGAGUUUGCCAGUAAAGUAAGGCUCUUCCCCCUGAACUGGAGCAACAUCUUGUCUACUCUGCUACUUUACAACAGAGCAACAUAGGAGUGUGUGCUUCUCAUGCCGGCAAAACAGCGACACCCGGGCUCCUGAUGAUGAGAGCCGACGUCAGACUGGUUUCCAUGAAUAUUGAUGUGGAGGAUAGUCUGUUUCAUAGAAGAACAGAAGGAAGCAAGAUGGCUGCCCUUUAGGAUUUGUUAAAGAGGAGAUCCAGACGGUUUGUUGGAAUUUCUACAAAGUGGAGGGACGUAAAAAGGAGGACGGACAGAGGGCAGCCCUGUGGAUGGACUCUGAGCAGGCCAGAUGGAAACAGAACAGGCCAGACAUGAGACGGAAGAAAGUUUGAUAUUAUCACAAUUUGGAACAUCUCGCAACAUCCCUCACAAACUCCAGAAUGGAGGCCAGUCUUCAGAGAGAGAUUCUCUGCAGAACACUGGAGAUACGAACUGGAACCAUUACAAGUCCAGUGCAGGUGCCAACUCCAUGAAGAGGCACAGGGAGAACUGCAACAGUCCUGCUUCUGUUCAAGGGCUGUUUGAUCAAGGACCCUACACGAUGAAUGGAGAACUGAUGAAUGGAGAGUUGAAGCAUGCACUCAAUGAGCAGACCUUAAUGACCCACCAACCCAAGAAACUUAAAGUAGAUUCUGAAAUUAAAGGAAAUGAUGACAUUACCCCCAGUUUGGUGGAUAGCUUUCCUGAGCUGACAAAGGCAACAGAGUUUGAAUGCAAUUCCCCACAGACAGAGAUCAAGUUGGACAAGAGGAACUUUAAUUUUCCCAAUGGAGAUAUUUUUUGUCUGCCAAGAAAUAAACAAGUCUCGAUUCCAAACGGUGCUGCAUCCCCUCCCUCAAACAUAGAAGGCACUCCUGGUGAUCUUUUAGAGAAAACCUUGUCUCAGUAUUAUCCUGAGCAUGUGUCAAUUGCACCACAAACAUCUGGACAACAGCUUGAUGCUGUCAAUGGUUCACUGACUAAUAAGUUACCCAGUGAAAGUUCUCAACCCCCCUUAACCUCAGGAUUGCCUAAUUUAGCUCACAUGCCUGACUCACAGCAACAGCAGCCUGUGGCUCCAAGAAAUGUUGAAGGUGGCAACAAUUAUAACUCCGUCAACUUUGUAGUGAAUGGAUACCCCAACAAUUUUGAAGCGGACCACAGGCAGCAGCAACAACAGCAUCAGCAGCGCACACCAUCUUACUCUGGUCAAGAGGGGUCUCUAGGUCAGCUGCCUGGCAUGAUGCCAAACGCAAAUAAUGCCAAUGGCUCACAACAACAUCAAAAUGGCCCUCGGUGCUAUCCAGAUGACACAAAUCGUCAAGGUAUAUAUGCAAAGGCCAACCAAGAGUUCAACCAGAACUCUUUUCUGGAGCACACUGCUCCUCAACAGCCAGCUAAGGCAGGUGGAUAUGGACACUUUCCUAACUCCGGGAUACAGAAGAUGGGGCAAAGUGAAGAACCCAGGUCUAUUCAGCUUCAGCGCCAUGGCAAUGACAGGGAUCAGCAGCAGUAUGAGAUUCAAUCCCAGACCUUUAAGCGAAAUUCUGGGAACUCACAUGGUGCUGACAGUUCAGGACCCAUCGGGCCAAGUCAUCAGCAGUCACAUCAUGCUGGGUUAGAAAACGGUAUGGAGAACACGUCUCAGCUAAGAGCUAACUUGUCUUGCUCAACUCCUAACCAGAGAGCCUGGGCAGAGCUGAACUCUUCACAUUCCCAGCAGCAAUCAGCAAAUGGCCAGUCAUCCCAGCCACAAGAGCAGGACAUGUGGAGGGGCUUUCCCGCUAAGCCUCAGUCAGAGCAGCAGAUAGCUAACCCCCAGGUUCACUGCCAGAUGUUGGAGCGAAAUCCAGUGCAAAGAUUCCAGACACAGUCAGGUUUCACAGAUAGCAGCAACAGCUUCCAGCAGCAACAGCAGGAAUGUCUCCCCGCCCAAACACAAAGUGCUCCAGCCCAGCACAACACUGCCCCUGAGUGGCAGCAAUCAAAUUCGAAAACCCCUCAAAUGCAGCAGCCCUUAACCCAAAAAAUGCCUGAGCAGCGUACUUUCCGCCAAGAUCAGCAGGCAGACAGCCACUACCACAGCCAGAUGCAGUCAGAGCACUUAUGUGAAGACCCUGACUUGCAGGAUAUCCUGUCACCUGGGUUCUUACCAACAAAGCAACAGCAGCAACAACAGCACUGUCAUCUACAACGUCCCCUGUCUCACCCGCCACAAUUUGAGGGACAGCCGCUCAAGUCUCCCGAUUACAGACCCCGCAGUCAGCCCCAGCCAGGUCAGCAAAAGCUUCAACACAACCAGCCUCCUAGAAACAAUUCUGCUCAGUCCAACAACCAACACAUUCAGCAAAGCGAUCAUGCAGCGUUCAGUUACAAUAACACAACAGAGAUUCAACAACAUCAAAGACAGUUUCCACCAAACUCAGACAGCAGUAACCUCAAGCAAUUUCAACCACAGCAGCCUAACAACCACUGCCACCAGCCUAACCAUGCAGACUUCUCCCAGACCUCCAUGCAGCCUCAACCUCACUUACCACAAGGCGCGCUAAACCAACAGGUAUCUACACAGAUGUUCAUUAAAGCUGAACAGCAGCUGCAGACAUCAUGCACUCAGUUCCAAAGGGGACCUCGACUACCUCUGGCACCUGUGGGUCCCCAUGGAGACUUUCAGAGGCAUGCAGCCCUGCGAAUGCACCUGUUACAAAGGCAGGAGCGCCAGGGCCCUCCUCAUCCCCUUCAGAGCACUAUGGAUCCCAAACAUGGCCUGCGAGCUGUAAAAAUGGAAAACGAACCCAGGUUCGACCUGCCAUGUUCCCAACAGCAGGAGCAUCAUUUGCAGAUGCGAGAGGCAGGCAUAGGUGGAGUGCAGAUCAAGCAGGAGAAUCAAACGGUCCUGUGCGAUCAAAGCAAGCGGCCGGGAAACAUCUUGGCCUCCAUGGAACAAAGCCUGAGGCAAUACCAGCUUUCACCCGUGUUUGAGAAGAAAUCCCUUGUCGUCAAUCCAUUAAAUAAAGUCAAGGUGGAGUCUUCUGGGCCUGUCACCAUCCUGUCAACCAACACUGACCUGGGUGGAUUUGAAUCAUCCCCAGCUGCCCCAACUCUAAAAAGACAACAUGAUUCCACCCCGAAGAAGGAGCCUCUCUUACAAUGCUUUAUGGACUCUCCUAUGAAGCUAUUGGAUACCCCCAUAAAGAAUCUACUGGACACUCCCUUGAAAACUCAAUAUGACAUUGCCUCCUGCCACUGUGUUGAACAAAUCAGUGAGAAGGAUGAAGGCCCAUAUUACACUCACCUGGGCUCAGCACCGAGUGUCCCCGGUAUACGUGAGAGCAUGGAGAAAAGAUCUGGUCUCUCUGGGCCUGCAAUCAGGAUUGAGAAAGUAGUAUACACAGGCAAGGAAGGAAAAAGUACACAAGGGUGCCCCAUAGCCAAAUGGGUGAUUCGUCGAUCAAGUGUAGAGGAAAAGCUGCUGGUGUUAGUGCGGGAGCGCAGCGGUCACAAAUGUGAGACAGCCUGCAUCAUUGUGGUGAUCUUGGUCUGGGAGGGCAUCCUGCCCAGCCUGGCUGACCGCCUCUACCUCGAGCUCCGUGAAACUCUAACAAAGCAUGGAGCCCACACCCAACGACGAUGUGCAAUCAAUGAGGAGAGGACCUGUGCAUGUCAGGGGUUAAAUCCUGAUGCUUGUGGAGCAUCUUUCUCCUUCGGCUGCUCCUGGAGCAUGUACUACAACGGCUGCAAGUUCGCCCGGAGCAAAAUACCCAGAAAAUUCAAGUUACUGGGAGAUGAUAUGAAAGAGGAAGAGAGGCUGGAGCACAACUUUCAAAAUCUAGCAACCUUACUGGGUCCUUUGUAUAAAACCUUAGCUCCUGAUGCGUAUGGAAACCAGGUGGAACAUGAACACAGGGCACCAGAUUGUCGUCUGGGGCUCAAGGACGGCCGUCCCUUCUCUGGUGUCACUGCUUGUCUGGACUUCUGUGCACACGCUCACAGAGACCUCCACAACAUGCAAGGUGGCAGCACUGUGGUGUGUACGUUAACAGGUGAGGAUAACCGGGAGAUUGGAAAGAUACCAGAGGAUGAGCAGCUCCAUGUCCUGCCUCUUUAUAAGGCUUCCAGCACUGAUGAAUUCGGCAGUGAGGAGGGUCAACAGGAGAAAAUCAAGUCAGGCGCCAUCCAAGUCCUCCAUGCCUUCCGCCGCCAGGUGCGCAUGCUUUCAGAGCCCGCCAAGUCUUGUCGGCAAAAAAAGCUGGAUGCUAAGAAGGCAGCUGCCCAGAAGAAUGCCAUGCUGGACAAUGAAAAGGCAGAAAAGGCCCUCCUGGCCAAGGCAAAAGCUGGCACUUAUGAGAAACCUGCUCAGAUCACUGCUAUGGCAGGACCUAUCCAAGGUGCUGUGGGAGCAAUCCCACAGGCAGGUCCGCCAACACACCCCAUGGGGGCCCAUCAUCAGCAACUACAGCAACUACAGCACCAAAACAUUCUUCCCCCUUAUCCUGGCUCAACGAAUGUAGCCGGUUACCCCAGGUUCCCCAACCACCCUGGGUCUUUUCCAAGCACUUCCAGGCCAGGUAGCAUGUAUCCCCCUCAGCCACCAACACCAACCAGCCCGUACCCCUCUCCACUCCACGUACCGAAACCUUGCAUAAAUGGAUCAAGUCGUCCCUACCCAGGUUAUCAAUGUAACGGAGGAAUGCCCCUGGACAAUUACCAUCCAUACUACGGCUCAAACCCCAAGCACCUGGACAUGUAUCGACAGCAGCGGCCAACGCUUUACUCAGAGCAGCAGUACGGUGUACAGCAACGCUACGAGGUCAACUACCCGCCAAGGUAUGGUGAUCCAGGUUUACAGGUCAAUGGUUACAAUGCCUGCAGCAUGAGGCCAGUUCACCCUAUGAGACCGUACUCCCCUUAUGGUCCUAAUGGUUCCCCAGACUCCCAGUUCAUGGACCCCCUCUCAAGAGCAGCCUCAGCUCAUGGGGGUCUAGACUAUACAGCUGCUGUGAGCAAAGGCAAUCAGUUUGGAGGAUACCCAAAUCCAUACCUUUCUCGGAGUCCUCAAAUCGUAGCCCCAGGCCAAGAUCCAUUCCAUAUGCAAAUCAAGACAGAGAUGGGCAUACCUCGCCCCCAGAUGCUUUCUUCUCAGAUGAGUGGUGGGGGUUUAAACCCUGAAGCACAGCCAGGGUUAGGUCUCCUUAAUGGGAGCCUCAUGGGCCCUGGUAUUAAGCAAGAGCCUGGAACAACACAGACACCCACAACCCCGCAAAAGCCUGAGGUGUGGUCGGACAAUGAGCACAACUUCUUGGACCCAGACAUCGGUGGUGUGGCAGUGGCACCCAGCCACGGCUCAGUCCUCAUUGAGUGUGCAAAACGAGAGCUCCACGCUACAACGCCAGUUAAAAACCCCAACCGCACCCACCCUACACGCAUCUCCUUGGUUUUCUACCAGCACAAAAAUAUGAAUGAGGCCAAGCACGGUUUGGCACUGUGGGAGGCCAAGAUGGCCGAGAAGGCUCGAGAGAAGGAGGAAGACGCAGAGAAGAACGGUGGCGAGGGGACACCUAGCAAGAGCAAGAAGGCUGCCAAGCGGGAGAUUCCAGAGUUUUUAGAUACCACCGCGGAGCAACCUUACAAGCGCUUAAUCCAGUCAAUAAUGGAGGGGUCCAUGACGAGCACAACAAACAGCUUUGUCAAUACAACUCCAUACGCCUUCACCAAGGUCACUGGGCCAUACAGUAAGUUUGUAUAAGAACAUUAAAGGUGCUUUAUUUAUAACAAAAAACACAGCACCACUGUCCUCGUCCAAACACUCCUUCCUGUCCGCAAGGUUGGCAACAGUGUUGAAAAAGGAAUCCAUGAUCAACUGAGAUAUAAAUCAUCUUUCACAUCAGGUCUUUCACCUCUUUAACAAUCAAGCUUGUUGACCCUCCUAAGGAUAUAUUUAUUUUUGUUUGGCAACUUUUGCAAGAUACACACUGUCAAAAUCUCUGGUGCUUUCAGCCGAAUCCAUAAGGACCUAUUUUUAAUGGAAACAAAGUUUCAUUUUUUGUGGCUUUAUUUUUCUUACAAAGUUCUACUCUUGGCAUAAAACACUGACUUUGUAAAUGACAACAUUCACGGUGCUAAAGUGUGUGAUUGUUACCAUUUAUUUAAACUCAAAUUCCGUCAUACUAUGACAAUACCGCACUCUACGAGUGACACUCAAUAAUUUAUCUCAAAAGGACACUGAAAAUAUCAUCCCAAGGUCAGAUGAUCCGCAUUACAAUGGUGCUCGGCUGGUCAGUGUUUCUCAGAGCACUUUUUAAUAAUGAGAAUUUAAUGUUUUAAUAAUACUUUUAAAUCAUGAAAUCUGGUGUAUCGCUACAUUUAGAAAUAUUCAUUUCUACGCACCACUCAAAUUAAAUCAGUAAUUUAUAACACUGGAUUGCACGGUCAAUCCGGGAAGAUGUUUCAAGGUCAUGCAAAAAGGUUUUUUAAACUAUCAUUGUGUUGGUGCUUCUUUCAAUUUACUAUGUCAUUGAUACUGUAAAUUGAGCCAUUCUAAAGGUGCAUUUUUUAACACUUUGAGGGAAAAAAGUCCACAUUUGUUAUAUCCUGUUUUUUCUCCAGGUUUACUUUGUCGUCAACAACUGUUUUCGAUGUUCCUUACCUUGGGUUCAUUGAGCAAACCUGGACUGUGAAUAUUGCGUGUAGUUGUAUGUCUGUGGUGCUUAGGAAAUGUGCUUUUUAUACACUGAGGAACAUGAAACAGGGUAAGCUCAGUGUCAGUUUCAGAGGCAGCUGGCUUGCUGUGGGGUCUUUAAUUGUUGUAAGAUAAACAGGUGAGAUUUGUACAGUAAAUUAAUUUCUUUUUGGAAUUACUGUUAUAGAUUUUGUGUUGUAAAGAAUGAAAACAGCCUAUUUCAUUGUAUUACUUUGGGUUUCAACUGAUUUUUAUAUAACAAAGGUGCUAUCCAACCUACUAGAAACAUACAAUGUGAGACUUUCUGGGCAGUGAGAAGGCUUUUAAAUAAUGUACAGUACAACACUUUCAUAUACCUCAAAACUAGUUUGGCAAUAGGAUUAAAACAGAUCUUUCUUUUAUCCUUUGUAUAUUGCUUUCAAAAUGUGCAACUUCAGGCCACCAACAGCAGAAAAGUUCACGUCUUACUUUCUCUUCUAUGUGCUAGAAAGUAUUGCUCGAACUUGAAUCUUUGAUGUUACUGUAAAAUCAGGGACAUUUUCAAAUUACUUUGUGUUCAUUGUCUGUAUUCAUCUGGUCAUUUUAUAAUUCAGGUACUUGCCAUUGCAUCCUGAAUCUGAUACACGUCUGCCAACAAGAUACUUUCCUGCAGUUUUUUUUACUUCUAUUUUAGCUAGUGGGAUAGUGUCAAUCUUCUAAAAGUAAUUUGAACAUGCACUGAGUUGACUAAAGGGAAAGUAUGCUAUUGGCUAAGUAAAAAGCGUUGCAUUUGCUUUUGCUUUGUGGCAGGACCAGGGCAGUGAUUAACAUAGCCGCACGUCUUUGUGCCCGUGUAAAUUAAAUUUAUUUAUAACCACUAAACAAUUGAAUAAUGAUUUUCCUUCCCUGUUUAUUUGAUUUAAUUCAUGCGAUAUAUCCUGAAAUGACAUGUCAUGUUAUAGUAAUGACUUACCCCACUCUUCAAGAUAUUCAUUUUCUGAAAGCACUUCAUUUCUUUUUCAGGAAAAAAAAAUAUGUAAUAAAGAAUUACAAAAGGUUUUAUUUAAAUAGAUUGUAAAUGUGUUAAAAAAUCAAAUAAAUUAUGUCACAAUGUACAUACCAAGAACCUGUAUUGCAGGAAUACAACUCAUUCUUUGAUGUGGAUGUAGGUUCUUCUUGUUCUGACCCACAGAGCACAUCAGCAAUCCUCAUCAUAUCUUUAAUUAUUAUUUCGGCUCUUUCAGGUUAACAGAGUGAUUACAGUUUAUCCAGGAAGUCUGUAAAUGUACGCUCACUGUCACAGCAAUGUUUACAGUUAUACUAUCCUGUCAGCUCAGAUUUUAGAAGUUCUAGUUUUUUUUAACUGUUCAAAUUUUGUAAAAAAACAAAUAUACAUUAAAAAUGUUGAAUUUCCUUGUACAGGACCCAGCUACAGUAGCAGGUUGAUGUUGAGAGAGCCACGUGUCGUAAGAUGUAGCGGGUUAAAAAGCAUAGCCAUACUUGAAGAUGCUUCGGAGUGUUUCUGAGUGAGUCAACUUUACUUGAAUGACUUUCCGGGCGUAACUAGUGCGCUCACAUGUGCUUAACUCAAAGGUUAAGCUAGAAGUCGAUACACACUUGGUCUUUUUGCAGUUAGACACUAAGGGUAUAAAAAAAAAUGUGCAACUUUUUCCCUGUCGUUUUAUUUUUUGAGCGUUCCCUUUGUUCUCCUGAAGUUUGGUAUGCUACGAAAAUGGAAUUAAAGAUGGUUAUUAAUACUGUAAGUAUUGUAAUGUAAUGAAUGCAGUUUAUUUGAAAGCUGUUUAUUAUAUCAUUCCUGAUAUUGCUGAGAUGUGGGUGUUUUUUUAAUAAAAUUUAUAUUUAUUUAAAACA